GACAAACCUAAUUCCCAUUUUUCCCUUACACGCUGCUCUCUCCCUCUAUGAAGAGAAGCUUGAGGAAUUUGAAUGUCUUCUAAUUUUUUUGCUUUCUAUCAUUCUCUCUUCUUAAUUUUAGAUAGUCUCCAUAGAAAUUAAGUUUUGGAUUCUUUAGAUUUAGUGUGAAUAUUUUGGAUUCUUUAUAAUUUUCUGCAAAGAUUAUUGGAGUAAAAAAGACAUGAAACAAACCCAGCAAAAAGCAAUGGCUUCUGCUCAUCAAUGGUGACACAACAGCAGCCCACAAGCAUAAAACUGGUCAACCGAUUAAAGACAAACCACAAUCUCUAUUCUUCAAAAUAUUUUAUAUAUUUAAACUAAAUAAUUUUUUUUCCUCCAUUUUCCAGCACCUCUUUUCCUUGAAAAUUAUCUUUGCAGUUAGUUGAGAAAGAAAAAAUCAAAGAGAGAGAACAGAGACAGACGCCAUCGAACAGUGAGGGACGGAGAGAAGAAAAGGAAGGGGAGAAUUGGGUUUAGAUUUUUGUAAAAAGACGACAAUGCGCCUCCUAUCAAUGUAUGGUUUGUUUGUCAUUUUUUUCAAAUUGGUUACAUUUCUUAUCCUCUUUGGGCCGAAAGAACUUAUUGGGCCUAGCCCAGCAGGAAAUACAGCAUCUUCUUCAGCUUUGUAGCUUCCGCUUCACUCAGAGCUAUGGCGGCUUAAAGCUUCAAACUAUUUAUAAGUAGUUUUUCUAAUUCAUUUAUUUGGAAUGUCUUGUGCUGCCUGGUUUCGAGCUGCACGGAAAACAGCCUAUAGCUUUAGUAUCCUCUACAGAGUAACUGCUGCUGCCUCAGCUUCACAAUUCCACAAAAAAAUCAUCUGCAAUGAGAUUAUUGGAUUUCCAUCAACGAAGAUUGGUGGUGGAACUCCUGUUUCAGUAUCAAAACAUUUUUUCUUUCAGAAUGUUGCGAAAUUCUACACUCUGUUAGGUCAAGAGAGGGCAGAUGAUGAAGUAUUAGAUAAUGUUGCUUCAAAUGGUGAUGAUGCUUGUGACAAUGUACCAGAGGACUUCAAUGUUAAAGCUGCUGCUAGUCAUACUGAUGGUCGACCGCAAGCUAAACAUCCCACUGACGACUUGGUUGAUUUUACACGGAUUCAUAUUAACAAGCUGCCAACGGUUGUAAUCAUAGGACGACCUAAUGUAGGGAAGUCAGCAUUGUUUAACCGUUUGAUACGAAGGAGGGAGGCCCUUGUAUACAACACUCCUACUGACCAUGUUACCCGGGACAUACGAGAAGGUGUUGCAAAAUUGGGCAAUUUAAGGUUUAAGGUGUUGGAUUCUGCUGGCUUAGAAGCAGAGGCUUCUUCUGGUUCUGUUCUUCGUAGAACUGCAGAAAUGACUGGAAAUGUGCUGUCUAGAUCUCAAUUGGCACUCUUCUUAGUUGAUGCAAGAGACGGACUGCAGCCUAUGGAUUUGGAUGUUGGAAAGUGGUUGAGGAAGAAUGCACCCGGAAUGAAGACUAUUGUGGUGAUGAAUAAAGCUGAAUCGCUUGAUGACUAUGACGGUUCUCUUGCAUCUGCUGUCGGUGAAGCUUAUACCUUAGGAUUUGGUGAUCCCAUUGCUUUAUCUGCUGAAACUGGACUGGGCAUGGUUGAACUUCAUGAAACUCUUCGACCAUUACUUGAAGAAUAUGUGCUCCAAAACAUAAAUGAUGAUGAGAGCCAGGAGAAUGACUCCUCUGAGGAUAUGGAGUGUAAAUUGCCAUUGCAGUUGGCAAUUGUCGGGCGGCCCAAUGUUGGAAAGUCCACCUUGUUGAACACAAUCUUGCAAGAAGAUCGUGUUUUGGUUGGCCCUGAGGCUGGUUUGACUAGAGAUUCCAUUCGUGCUGAAUUUGAGUACCAAGGAAGAACAAUUUAUUUGGUUGACACAGCAGGUUGGUUGGAAAGGACAAAACAGGACAAGGGCCCAGCAUCUUUGAGUAUUGUGCAAUCAAGGAAGCACCUUAUGAGAGCACAUAUAAUUGCUUUGGUCCUCGAUGCAGAAGAGAUUGCAAAAGCUAGGCGGAGCAUGAAGCAUGUUGAAGUAGUUAUAGCGAGGCGAGCAGUAGAGGAAGGACGUGGUCUGGUUGUGAUUGUAAAUAAGAUGGAUCUUCUUAGAGGGGAAGAAAAUUCCAAAUUGUACAAGCGCGUAAUUGAAGCUGUACCUGCAGAAAUUCAGACAGUUAUACCACAGGUCACAGGAAUACCUGUUGUAUUUGUUUCAGCACUAGAAGGAAAGGGUCGGAUAGCUGUCAUGCGUCAGGUUGUUGAAACAUAUGAAAAAUGGUGUUUGAGAUUGCCAACAGCUCGUCUUAACCGUUGGCUACGCAAGGUCAUGAGCAGACAUUCUUGGAAAGACCAGGCGGCUCAACCCAAGAUCAAGUAUUUCACUCAGGUGAAAGCUAGACCACCAACUUUUAUUGCAUUUAUGAGCGGAAAAACCCAGCUCUCAGAGACAGAUUUGAGGUUCCUAACUAGAUCUUUGAAGGAAGACUUUGACUUGGGUGGGAUACCAGUCCGGAUAUUGCAACGAACUGUUGAAAGAAAUGGUAGGACU